CUUUUGACUAUGCACUCUGCACGUGGGCCAUUUGAGGAUGAAAAAACACUCUCUGGGGUUUUACACCCUGACCUCUGAGAUAUGUGAAUUGCCAAUCAAUUUUUUGGCUAGUAGAAAAAGAAGAAGAAGAAAGACAUUAGACAAUUCAAUCAACUUACUCAACCAUGAGCAUCACUAGCCUAUUCAGCAGACUUCUAUGGAAGGAAGAAGCUAUCGAAGAAGAACUUGAAGAAGCCGCAAAAGUGGAGUCCAUCUGGAUUUUCCCAAUCAAGUCAUGCCGUUGGAUUUCUGUUUCCCAAGCUCCCGUCACUCCCACUGGGUUCCGGUGGGAUCGGCUAUGGAUGGUGGUGAAUUCAAGCGGCAGAGCAUGUACUCAGAGAGUCCACCCCAAGCUUGCUCUGGUUGAAGUGGCUCUACCUCCUGAGGCAUUUCGGGAAGAUUGGGAACCCCAUCGCGGCUCGUUUCUCGAGGUAAGGGCUUCUGGAAUGAAUGUCCUGAAGGUCCCAUUAAUUGAGCCUUCUACUUUAUCCGAUGGUGUCUCGGUGUGGGGGUGGACCGGCGCCGCCUUGGACGAGGGAGAUGAAGCGGCAGAAUGGUUCACCCAGUAUCUUGAGCAACCUAGCCGGCUCGUGCGCUUUCAUGAAGCAUCACAGACUAGGCCUGCAGACCCCAAGUAUGCUGCUGGCCAUAAUAUCAAGUUCACUGAUGCCUAUCCGAUUCAUCUGGCAUCCCAGAAAUCACUGGAUGCUUUGAAUGAGAAGUUGGAGGAGCCUGUACCAAUGAAUAGAUUUAGACCUAACAUUCUUGUUGAUGGAUGUGCAGCAUAUGCUGAAGACUUUUGGAAAGAGAUCAAGAUUAACGGAUUAAAAUUUGAUACUGCACAACUUUGUGAACGUUGCAAGGUCCCAAGGUUUAAUCAAGAAACUGCAGAAAUGGGCUCUGAGCCUAAUCAAACUCUUACAAAGUUCCGCUCAAUUGAGACCUUGCAUCCAGAUAAUAAACAACACGGAAAGAUAUAUUUCGGGCAGUUCUUCGUUUGUGGUGAAGGGCAUGUUCAAGCUAAAAAUAAGACAAUAAAAGUGGGGGAUCCAGUUUAUGUCCUCAAGAUGGUGUCAUCAUAUAAGGAUGUUCCGUUUUGAACUUCAUUCCUUUGAUUGAUGAAAUGUGAUCCUUUUUACUUGUAGUAUGACUUCAGAUUUUCCAUAAAUAAAUUGUUCGCUGCUCUGAGCAUUCUUGCUUUUCUUAAAUAAACAAUAAUUGUCGCAAGAGAUGUGACUUUUGCUCUAAAGUGAGCGUCUUUCUAUGAACUUGCCAAGAUGGUGCAAUUUGAACUUCAAGCUCGUUGUUGCUGCUCCAUUGUUUACCUAUACGCUGGGACUACAGACUGGAACCGGGAACGAACCGGAACCGACCAGGAACCGGAAAUAGAGGUCCCUUCCCCGGGCCUCCAUAUAUAUUUUUUAAAGACCAGUCGGCUUUUGGGACCGGAACCGGCUCGGACCGGGACUGGGUACAUGCCUAACUUGUAGUAAGCAUUUUAAACACGAUUAUUUAUGACGAGUGUAAGCAUCAUAUUUGAACAACAUUUUGAGCACGUUUUUCUUAUCGUUACAUACGAAAUAUAAGUUAGCAUGUUGAACACGUAUUGUUGGUUCUUGUUUAAUAUUAGUGCUUAAAAGAUUUAUCA